AUGGCCUCCGCAGCACGGCUCGAGCGCUUGCGCAGGACCCUCCAACAAGACCUUGCCGCACUGCCUGACCGACCAGUAGCAGAGCCCGUCAUCAGCGACAGUGACGCUUCUGGUGGUGUAGCCCUGGACCUUGUCGACGCACCCAGCAAAGCCAGCAAACAACCAGAAGCCGUCGUGCAGCCUGAUCCUGAGCCCACACCAACCACUGAGCCGGACACUGACGGCCGACUCAUCUUCCUGAGCGACACUGACGGCCGACCCAUCUUCCCGAGGGACACUGAAAGCGCCUACAACCCAAGGUCGAUGCCCAAGCCGCCCAGUUCAACUUCACCUCCCAGUCCAACCUCACCUCCCAGUUCAACCUCACCUCCCAGUUCAACCUCACCUCCCAGUUCAACCUCACCUCCCAGUUCAACUUCACCGCCCAGUUCAACUUCACCGCCCGGUUCAACUUCACCUCCCAGUUCAACCUCACCUCCCAACCCAUCUGCCCCUCUCCCCGCCACCAACCUCAACCGUGGCGACCUUGGGUCAGCCACACACCACUACACGCCCAUAGUAGCCUUGGCCAAGUACCCCUACAAGUGGUGCAACAAGAGUCGCUCUCAAGACGUCGCUGCUGCCUUCUUCGACCAGGGCAAGUUCUGGGCGCGCGAGUGGGACCUCUACUACGUCUGGGAUAUCGACAGCCUCGCCAAGCCACUCAUCCUCGUCCUCGAAAGCCAAGUCCAGGACCUUCUCCGCGAGAUCAACCACCACCUGAAGCUCGACCUCUGCAUCACGCCCCAACAGCGCGAGGACGCCCUCAUCAGUCGCUUCCCUGAUCACCCUCGCUGCACUCCACGGUUCCUGGGACGCUCGCAGUCACGUGAAGACUACGACGACAUGCUCGGGAACGUGCCAGACCCCGACCUCGGCGCUGCGGGCGAGCCCGAACGCCCGCCGCUCGAUGCACUCGGCCUGGACGCCUUCAAGCAGCUCAUGGAGGACUCGUUCGAGGCGCAGAGGGCGAAGAACAAGGCGGCCAAGGCCAGGAAGCAGCAAGAGCGACUGGUGAAGCAGAAGACCCUCUUGGAUCAGUUCAAGCGUGCUCAGCGUUACCUUGGCCUGCGUCCUACCAUCGCCAAGGCUUCCAGUGGCCAAGUGCCAGCGAUUGACCCGACCCUACCCGCGCCCUACGACUGCGACCAGUCGGUCGUCUUCGUAUGCGUCGACGUCGAGUCCUACGAGCGCGCCCACCACAAGAUCACCGAAGUCGGCAUCGCCACACUCGACACGCGAGAUCUAGUGAAUGUCGCCCCGGGCCCUGAUGCUGAGAAGUGGACGUCUCUGAUCCGCACGCGCCAUUUCCGAAUCAAGGAGCACGCCCACCUGGUCAACUCCAAGUUUGUGCAAGGAUGCCCAGACCGCUUCUACUUUGGCGAAUCCACAAUGGUUGCUCUGGCUGCAGCGCCCGCACAUGUUGCCGCUUGCUUCUCGCCUCCGUUCGGCGCCCACCCCUCCAACGCAAAGAGCGCCGUAGACCUCACAAAGACGGUCAAUCUGAGCGAGGAGCGCAACCUCAUCUUCCUCGGCCACGACACCCUGGGCGACGUCAAGUACCUCCAGAACCUCGGUUUUGACCCCAUGAAGAUUGACAAUCUGCUCGAAGCCUUGGAUACCGCCGUCAUGUACCGCGUGUGGCGUCGAGAGCUGACUUCCACGAGUCUCGGCAGGAUCCUUCACGGCUUCGACAUCGCUGGCCACGGUCUCCACAACGCUGGCAACGACGCCGCAUACACGGUACAGGCUAUGCUAGCCAUCUGCGUUCGCGAGGCCAGCCUGCGCGACUCACCAGAGCUGGAGAGCAUACGGAACAGCGAGAAGGCCGCCAGGCUUGCAGCUGCCGUGGAGGAGGCGCAAGAGAGGGCAAGGAACGAGGCUGAAGGCUGGAGCGACCACGAAGACGGUGAUGGUGGACCACCAGUGCCGCUUGCAGUCACCUCGCUGACGCUCACGCCUGCAUCGACUGCCCCAACGGCCCCAUCAGACAAUGACCGCGGUGGCUACCGAGGCAGGGGCCGCGGAUGUGGCGGACCGCAGGCUCUGUACAACCCCCAUGACUCCGCACACAGUAACGGGCACGGAGCACGACGAGGUCGACCACGGGGACAGCCUGAAGGCCUUCACGCUCACACACGAGGUGGCCUGGUCAACGGCUCCCACCGAGGGCGUGGUCGCGGCCGCGGCCGUGGUGGGUCCAACCCAGCGUCUGACAGUUCCACGCCAGGCUCUCAGGUACGCCUCCUUGACCUCAGCCAGGUAUCACCGCAUCAGCGGUUGCACACUACGAUGCCUUCUAACUUGACUCAGCAGGUGCAUUAUCGUUGGUAG